AUGUUGAGGUCGCCGACACCGUUGGUCCCACCUGGUACCGGUAAUUGUCUAAUGGAUCCUUACUUUCAAAAUAAUGGAGACGACCAACAAGCCAUAGAAGUUGGACCUGUGGCGGUAGGUAACCAGCCGCAGGAGGGUGGUCAAGAACAAGCAGUGGGGGAUGUCAGAAACAGGAACAACAACAACAACAAUAAUAUCGUUGAAGCGCAACAACUUGGACCAGGCGAUGAUGACCCACCGUCACCACAAGGACCACCAUUUCGUAUGGAUGAUCCCGCGCGGAUGCAUUUGACAAUUCAAGAGCAUCAAUGGGCACAAAACAUCAAAGAAGCUGUCAAGGCCCACGAUGACAUUAACCUAAUUUCAGAUUUCAUGUGUGCCCAUCUGGCUAUCUAUUUCCAUGGAGACACAGAAGCUGCUGUGGAGAGUGCUCUUCGACUUCAGGAGUUUCGCCAAGACAAUGACAUAUUGGACACUCUGAAUGACAGCAGGCGGGCAGUGGCAAAACUCAUCAAGCUAUUCCCAGAAGUCUACUUGUCCUACAGUUUUAACCCUGAUGAUGGGAACUAUUCUUUUGCAUUUGAUAUGACCAAGAUUUCCAUGGAGAAAAUGACAAGGACUGAAAUGUUCACCACUUUCAAUGCUGGUGAAUACUAUAUGCAUCAUGCCAUGAGUGUUGACUUUGAACUGAUACGAAAGGGAGGGAUAAUUGUGUGUGAAUGUGAUGGAUAUGACUGGACUCAGCAUUUGGACAUUCACAUGAUUCAAAAACUAUGGCUGGAGAUAGCAUGGACAUAUCCUCUACAGUAUCAAGCUCAAAAGCAUUACAAUGGUGGGGUCAUGUUCAAUGUGGUCUUGAGUAUGCUGAAGAAGAUGUUACCUACCAAAAUUGGGAGCAAAUUUGAAACGGGUUUUCAAUUUGAAGGUCGUCUAGAUUCCAUAUACAUGGUGCCAACAGUGGAGGCUGCAAAUCAGCGACUUCUUCAAAGUUUGGAUCUUGUCUUGCAGAGGAGAUAUGAAUUGGAAAAAUCUUUCUCACUCGGGCCAACAAACUGCGAACCAACCAACAUGGAAUUUUACCUCGCACAAGUCACCCAGACGCCGCCAUUGGAUUCAGCACUAUAG